UAUAGGAGGAAGUUACAAUGAUCCGCAAUAGAAUAUUGCUUAUCGAUUGUGAUUUGAGUUAUGUUCGUACAUUUCAGUUUGUCAAUUUAAACUUUGUUCUUGUUAGGAUCCACGCGUAUUGAUGCUUUGGAUAGAUAUUAAAUAUUAGACAGAAUGACCAAGAAAGAUAAAUUGGUGUACGACGAAUGCGCAGAGGAAUGUGCCAGAAAAAUGAAAGCAACUUUCAAACUAUACAGCGGAUGUGACGUAAGCGUAAUACCGUUAGCGACAUGGUCACGUGAACAAAGUCAGCUAUCACUUCCAGAAAAUUGCAAAACUGUUUUCAUUGUCCAUGGCGAAACAGACGAAUUUCUGAGUACAAUUCUAUGUCGUUUUAAGGAAUUUUACGAGACCACUUUCAUUGUAGUGAUAGAUUCCAAGCUUCAAGCAGGUCGAGUUGCUUGCGCAGAAAUUAAAUCUGCAUUCAAACACCUAAACGUAGAUAAUACCGAGGAAAAAAAGAGGGCUUUAGACAGAACAAUAGAGAGAGCAAAAGAACGAAUCAUUACGAUUAAGAACGUUUGGGAUGAUGCGGACUGUUGGGUUCCCAAAGUGAUCAUGUUCAUGUUCCCGAGUCCGGAAAAACACGGCAACUCUCGUCAUAGUCCGGUAAAAAACGGAAAAUCUCGUCGGAAUGUCUCGGUUUUCUUUGAAAUCGAUCCUAAUAACGAUGCACAGAUUAGAUGGAUGGAUAAGCAGAGAAAGGUGCUCGAAGCCGACAUGAAACUUACGUGCCGAUACAAUGACGGUGAUCAUUCAGCCACGGAACCGUCUAAAGGUGCCGGCGAUAGGUCGGAGACAAUUCUCGAUACCUACAGAAAAAACUCAGAAUGUGUGGUAAUGUACGUUGGUGCUAUUGAGGAUUUACUUGGCAUCAGUAGUUUCAGGGAAACAUAUAAUAAAAAAAUCAGUGCCGUAAAUGAUCGCGUGAAAGUGCUGUGCGAACAGUGUAUCGAUGUCGAAACGAAAUUGAUCGUAUUCGUGGAAAACGAAUCUAACGAAAUGAUCAAGAAAUUUGAUGACAACCAAAACCUGUACAUGGUUGGAACGAAUGGCGCCUUCACUUACUGGGUGGGGCUUUUAUCCGCGUUGGGAAAAGUGAACAUUCCGAGGAAACCCGAUGAUCUGUUUCACUCGGACGUCACGCACGAGGAGGUGAAAAAGCCUCGUUUCAAUCCCGCCACACUGUCGGACAUGACAACUCAAACACCAAUACCAAAUACGCGUUCCACAACAUCAGUCAGUGAUGACAUUACCGCUCGCAACGUGGAGUUCACUGCGGUCCGACACCCUUCACAACUUCCGGAAAUUGGUCCAGAGAAAUACGUGAUCGGUGUGACGUAUCAGAUGAAACUGGAGGUGACCCAAAGUUGGCUAGGGCAGAGGGAAAUAGCGGACAUACCCUCUUCGUGUUUCCCUUAUUUUGCCUGUUUAAGACCCAGUUUUAAAUAACAGGGGAACAUGUGGCUUUUUAAAGUUUUUUUUUUCAACAAACCAUAAUUGACUAGUUCUGUUUGUUAUAUUUUGCGUUGAUGUUUUCGCCGUUGUCAACAGUAUUUCCGUCUUAGCAGGGCGGCAGUUAACCAAGCCGCAAUCUUCAAUUGCAAGCUAGUUACCACUACUAUGUGCACAUACUUAUGCAAGCACGUAUGAAGUAAAUCUGUAUUUUUGCGGGAUUUUGACUUAACAAUAAACAUGACACUGUCACAUAUUAAA